ACUACAUGUUCAGUAUAAUGAUGUCAACCUUGAUGUCAACCAUUACCACAGCAUACCGUCCCACCAAUACGUUUACACACUUUCACUGAGAGCUGAUUUACGAUGCUCACUAAACCGUAGUUGAACUUGCAAGCGCCGACCAACACUCGUUACCGAACUCCACGUGAACUAGCAACAAAUUGACGUUUCGCGUUCGUUUUUUUGUUUACUUUUGUAAAGUAUCGAUUUUGUAUCUCUAAAAAGUGUGAUAUUGUGCCACAGAUAUGCCGUUCGCUGUGAUCGAAACAAUCAACGCCAGAGGCAGCCGGGAGCUCUCGGUGGUUCCGAACAAUUGGCUUCGCAGAACACCGGGCGGCUAUGCAGUGUUGUGGCCCGACGUAAGCGUGGCAGAGCAGGAGAGAUAUCUGUGCAAUGAAAAUAGCUACCCCGAUAGCUCGUGGCUCAGAUACAAUUGCACGGUGAAACACAACAUGAUUGGCUCGUACAACCACGCCAUGAGCGUGCUGGAUGAUAUGUCUGUGGAAGAAGGGCCCUCGAAGAAAGUGCGGCACGAGAAGGAAUCGCAAAAUUUCUUACAGAAACUGGUAAACAGGAAUCCUUCUCGCUUGGAUGAACGAAAUCAUAACGGAAGCACACCAAAAAUCAGUCAAAUUGGAAAACGAGCUGAGGAACGAUUUCCUGCUAACGCAUCGGCCCACACCGAGACUGUCCAGCUGGUAUCCGAUGACGAAGCGGACCACGUUGAGGUGGAGGAUCCCAUUCAGAAAUGUUUGGACAAAAUGGAUAUCAUCAUUGGUAUGCAGCAGCGGAUCAAUCAACGGUUGGAUCUGCUGGAGAGGCGAGUGGCAGGAAUUUCGCAGCAGAAUUGUGAAAUUUUGGAGGCGACACGAUUGCAAGAACGUGCCGCCAAAAGUGACAUUGAGCAAACGUUGUCGUUCAGUUUCAACCCAAUGGACACCGAGGAGGAGUUGGAGCAGCUGGAGAGGAACUUGGAUGAUAAGGAAUUCAAUGCAAAAUUGGUGAAAUGGCUUCGGGUAAAUGUGAGCGGAAGUUGUGCUGAGGAUCGUAUGUUGUGCGUGCUUGAUUUGCUGUUCACCAAAAAGUUUCAAACGAUGUGUACCUGGACUGGUGCUAGCCGAAAAGGCCCGAAGACCGCCAUCAUGCCCAACCGAAACAUUUUGGAAAUCUUCCAAAUCAUCGGUAGCGAUGAAAAGGAAGUGGUGAAUCAACGGGAGUUGGCCAACUUUUUCAUGAAGAAACUUAAAAACUCCUUGAAGCGGUUGACCAUCUCUGGAGUGCGCCGAAGCACGCGACAUGUAAGACGGCGAAAGAAAGUGCCGGCAACACAACCGGAAGGAGCUAAUGUCAGUGAAGUGGGCAGCUCGGUUAGUGAAGCGGAACUUGAGGCUGAUUUUACCUACGCCGACGAUGACACGUCGGAUGUGCACGAACAUACAACGUACGUCAACGAUUCUCCGCCCAUUCCAGAGAACAACUACGAUCCGUAUUUUAUCGUUAAGGUUGAACAAUAAGUAGUUAGAACGUCAUAAUUAUGUCAUAAUUAUGUAACUUGAGAGAAAGAUAUGGACUGUGAAAAUAAAAAUGACUUUGAAUUCGAACAAUAAAUGUUAUUGGAUUUUGAUUUUAUGGGAA